CAGACCAUGAAGUGCGUUAAAGGCAGUGCUGCAUUUAAAGACACUUCCUUCCACCUGCUGGCUUGUGCCUGAAAUGUGAUGACCAAGGAGUCCUCAACAGCUCAUAAAGAAAGAUGGAUCGUAAUGAUGAGAGAAUCAAAAGAGCUUUAAGACGCCGCCCUUAUGUGUUGAAACCAGUUAGGGUGAACACCCCUGAUUCCGUGUUGUGGCCAACCGGCAAGGUGCACAGAAGGCCAAAGCCUUCUGGAAGGGUGACUCGGCUGAUAGAGAGAGAAUAUCAUGACGUGAUCUCAUCCUCCAGUUCUGAUGACUUUUCGAUCUACUCCUUCACUGACUGUGAAUCUGAGUGUGAUGAUGAGGAUCAUGAAAGGAGGACACCAAAGCUGAAAGUUGAGAAUGGAAAGAUGACAAAGCUUGAUGUGAGGGAUAUGGACGAGGAUGAUGAUCUGUCUCUCCACUCCUUCGAUGAGUCAGACUUCCUGAGCCCAGGGGAGGUCUCAGGUCCUGUUUCUGUCAAGAAUGGCCUCUCUCCUCUUGUAACCUCAGCACACCGGACACUGGCUGAAGCCCUACAGGCCCUGCCCUCUGCUGUAGGCUCUCCCUACCCAGUAAAUGUUCCAAGGCCUCGGCCUCUCAACCCUGUCAUUAUCGCUCCGCUCCAAACAGAGAACUUCCCAUACCGCCACAGCCCUCGCCUGGCUCCCAUCACCAAUGUGAGCGAGACCGGCAGGAAGCUGCUCCAGGAAAUGGCUGGAGUGGCCCCACAGGAAGGGAAGGUCAAUAAGAAAAAGAAGUGCAAGGCCAAAAAGGAAUUGAAGCAAGAGAAGGCCAGUAAGACGCAACAGAUGAGAAAUGUUGGAGAAAGUAAGGAGGAGGACAAGAAAGAGGAAAAGAAGAGUCUGAGGAAGAGGUUUCUUCAGUGGCUGCUGCCCAAACUGAGAUGUUCAAAGACAUAAUGGCCAACUAUUACUUCUACCACACACACACACGCACACACACACACACACACACACACACACACACACACACACACACACACACACACACACACACACACACACACACAUAGAUUUUGAGUAUUGGUUAUUCCUACAACACACACAAACGUAAUUUCAGAGACAGGAACUAUGAUUAGCUAAAUACAUAUUUUGGUCUCAUUCUUAUAUUUUGAGACAUGCAGCAUUAUUAUUUUUUUAAUGAUAUUGAUCCCUAUACAGCCUAUGAUAAUGAGUUGGAUUUACAUGCUUAGGCUUGGAAAUAUAGCCAGGAGAAGCAGGGUCAACACCUCUACUCAUGCCAUAAGUGCCAUGACAUCUUUAGUAACCACAGAGAGAUAAGACCUCUGUCUCCACAGUCUCAUGCAAAGGACAUCACCAACCUUAGGGCAGUGUCACUGGUAUUGGGGUCUUCGGUCUCCUUUGGCCAAAGUGAAGAGUUGAGGGCCCCUUACUGGUCUCCUUGCAAUAUCUGGUCUCCCACACAGAGAUGGAAAUCUACACCUGUUUAGACCUUGGAGGAUAUGGCUUCAGAUGAAAGACAGCAGAGAGAUGCAGAACGUAAAAGCUUCAAACACUGUGAUAUGCAAAUGUAGGACCAUUGUACACUGAAGUGAAGCAUGCAUCUGGUCUGAAGCAUGUCAAAAGAGUAGAAAUGAACUGGG